AUGGGACUGAAGUAUGUGCGUUUUGAAAGCCAACACAAAAUGGAUCUGGAGUUUCGGAACGUGACAUACACCGUGUACAAUAAAAUAGUUAAAGGGGCCGGAAAACAAGUUAUCAAAGGUGUUAGCGGCAGGUUUAUGUCCGGACAGCUCAUAGCUAUAAUGGGACCUUCUGGCGCAGGAAAAAGCUCUCUUCUGAAUGUUAUAUCUGGGUUAAAGUCUGCCGGAGUAUCAGGUGAAUUAUUAGUAAACGGUCAGACACGAAAUGAGCAGUAUUUCAAAAGAUCAUCAUGCUAUAUAACACAAGAAGAUCUUCAUCAGCCGCUCCUAACGGUACGUGAGGCUAUGGAUGUUGCAGCCAAGUUUAAACUACCCAAAGGAGCAAAAAUACCUUCUGAAGAUAUCCUACACCAGUUAGGACUGCUUGAACAUCAACAUACUAGAACAGAUAAACUUUCUGGUGGACAGAGAAAACGAUUAUCGAUAGCUUUAGAAUUAGUAAACAAUCCACCGGUUUUCUUCCUUGAUGAGCCAACAAGCGGUCUCGAUACAGUCACAACAUCGCAAUGUGUGAAAUUAUUGCGACAAUUGGCGAGACAGGGAAGAACGGUGGUGUGUACGAUACACCAGCCCCCUGCUUCACUUUUCGAAAUGUUCGAUCAGGCCUACAUAUUGGCUGAUGGCCGAUGUAUUUAUCAAGGUGAUACAGACGCGAUGGUUCCCUUUUUAAGCACCGUCGGUUUGACGUGUCCGCGCCAUCACAACCCUGCAGAUUUUAUAAUCGAAAUGACUGAGGAUCCACAAAAUAUAAAGAUGCUGUGCGAUGAAAUGUUAAAUGGUAGAAUCUAUAAGUCAGCUAAAGUAGAUUCCACGCCAAUAGAACCUGUAAAUAACUUGCAACUUAAGGUUUGUUACCAAAUAGAAGACGAGUCUGGUGAAACUGAGAUUGUAUUAUCAAAUGAAAAAUGUACAUAUACAGUAAAACAGUUAAAUGAAGCAAGCAAUUCUACGAUAUCCUUAAGUCAAAUAUCAAGAGACGAUUCGUCUUUAGCUUGGAUGAAAAUGCAAAAUACAACAAACCAGUACCCAACGACAUAUUUUGAGCAAUUCAGAAUACUUUUGUGCAGAAUGUUGUUACAAAUAUCAAGAAAUAGACAAGGACUAUGGAUUCAAACAAUACACCACUUGAUGUGCUCAGUUCUUAUAGGGUUAUGCUUCUUCGGUACGGCUAAUGAUGGCACCCAAAUGUUCAACCAUUUGAAAUUUUGUGUGGGCCUAGUUAUAUUCUUCUCAUACACGCAGAUAAUGGUGCCAGUGUUAGUAUAUCCGCAAGAAGUGAAACUAGUUAAAAAAGAGCAUUUUAAUAGUUGGUACAGUUUGUUCCCGUAUUAUGCUGCGCUAACAGUGUCAAAGUUGCCAGUACAAAUAUCGCUGAAUUUAUUAUUUUGUACCAUUGUCUUCUUUAUGGUCGGAGUUCCGUUCAGUGUUGCCAGGUUCAUGGUAUUCUGUAUAGUUGGCAACCUUGUGUCUCUAGUCUCUGAGGGCAUUGGUAUGGCGAUUGGAUCUGUUUUCAGCGUGAGGAAUGGAUGCGCCAUUGGUCCGGCAGCUAUCGCACCUUUCCUUGGUCUCGCGAUAUACGGCUUCGAUUUCGCGCAUAAAAUUCCUCUACUCAUGAACAUUCUUAUGAAAACUUCUUUCAUCAGAUGUGGUGUAGUGGCUAUGGUCUUAACUGUAUUUGGCUUCGGAAGAAAACCUUUAGAAUGCGAUGACGUUUACUGCCAUUUUGCAAAACCAGAUGUCCUUCUAAAGUAUUUGGAUAUUGAAAACAGUUCGGUGUGGUUGGAAAUAGCAAUAAUGUUUGGUAUCAUGGUCUCCUUCAGAUUCCUUUGCUAUAUGGGGUUAAGACAUAGAUUUGCCACG